UUGUUGUCACUGGGGUUGUCUAAUGACUGUGAUGGUGGAUAAGAGGACCUACAGAGCUCGGAGCUGCUGUGUUUCGAACGACAGCUAGCCUCCUUCCCCAGGUGUCCUGAUGAGAUGGCCUCCAGCCACAGCUCCACACCAGUGCCUCAUCCCAGCGGCAGUGGCAGCGGCAGCAGCCAUGGGAUCUUCAGGAAGGACAAGGACCGGGACGCGUCCUCCAGACCCUACAAGCCCGCCCGCUCGCUGCCCGACGUCUGCCCCAUGGAGCCCACAGGUGACGCCCGCAGGCUGUGUGACGGGCCAUCGGUGGUGGCCGACCAGCACAGGUGGACCGUCUACAACUCCAAGGUGAACCUACCCGCGGCGCUGAACGACCCGCGUCUGGCCAAGAGGGAAUCGGACUUCUUCACCAAAACCUGGGGCCUGGACUUUGUGGAAACCGAAGUCAUGCCUUCCUUCUACCUCCCGAACAUCACAAAAGAACACUUCAUGCCCUACCUGCAGGAGACCUCCCAAAGGGAGAAAAUCCAUGAAAGAUGUAAGAGUAUCUGUCCUACCAAGGAUGAGCUUGAUUCAGUCACCAACAUCACAAACAACCACGAUAAGUCAAGGACAGAGCUGGAGCAGGUACCUAAGAUUUUCAUGAAGCCGGAUUUUGCCCUGGACGACCCGGCGACGUUCAACGCGGUGCUGCCCUGGUCCCACUUCAGCGUCGCCGGAGGGAAGGGCAGCCGGGACGCGGCAUCAUCCCGGCUACUGCAGGAGAAGCUGAGCCACUACCUGGACGUGGUGGAGGUGAGCAUCGCGCAGCAGAUCUCGCUGCGCUCCGAGGCCUUCUUCCACGCCAUGUCGUCGCAGCACGAGCUGCAGGACCGGCUGCGGGAGACGGCGCGGGCGGUGGCCGUGCUGCGGGAGCGCACCGCCGCCAUCCAGCGCGUCAUGUGUGAGGGCCCGCUGCGCGCCCUGCGCCAGGCGCUGACGCGCAGCAACUGCGUCAAGCUGCAGAACAAGCUGAAGCUGAUGGCGGCCGUGCACCAGACGCAGCCCACCGUGCAGCUGCUGCUGUCCACCUCCGAGUUCGUGGGGGCGCUGGAGCUCAUCGCCACCACACAGGAGGUGCUGCAGCAGGAGCUCCAGGGCAUCCUCAGCUUCAGACACCUGGGCUCUCAGCUCUGUGAGAUGGAGAAGCUCAUAGACAAGAUGAUGAUCGCGGAUUUCAGCACUUACGCCCGCAGCGACCUCAACAGGCCCUUAGAGGAGGACGCCCACGUCCUGGAGAAGGACAGGCUGGAGUCGCUGGUGUUCGGCCUGCUGCGGCAGAGGAAGCUGGAUUUCCUGGAGAUCUACAGCGAGGAGAUGAUCGCGGCUGCAAAGGGCAUCGUCAAACAGUGCGUCAUGAGCACGGUGUCGCAGAUUGACGAAAUCGACACAGAGGUGGUGGUGAAGCUGGCGGAUCAGAUGAGGCUCAUGACCUUUCUGCAGUGGUUCGAGCUCCUGAAGAGCGUCUUUGCAAGCUUCAUUCUGUUCCUGAGAAGAAUCAAGGCGACACUAAGCGUGAUCAGAAACGUGGUGCUGGAGGUGCUGGACAGCAGUCAGCGGAGCCGGCUGGCGGAGGCAGCGGUGACGGAGGGCAGCCCGGGGCCCGCUCUGCCCAGGGACUCUGAGGUGGCGUACCUCACGCACGAGGGCAUGUUCAUCAGCGACGCGUUCGCCGAGGCGGACCAGCCGGCUGGCGGCAUCACCGCUGCUGCCGCCGCCGUCGGCCCCGAGCCGCGCAACCUGCGGCCCCCGCAGCAACCGCGCAGCGAGCCCUGCGGCAGCGACUCCGCCUCCGGCACCACAGAGUCCUCCUCCAGCCGCGAGCACACCACCCCGUCCUCCACGCCAGGAGGGGGCGCCACAAUCACGGUAAGUGAGGACAUGAUGCCCACGGACCUUGAGCUCGGGCGGGUGGCCAGUAACAUCCAGGAGCUCCUGUACACCGCCUCAGACGUCAGCCACGACCGCUGUGUCAAGUUCCUCAUGGCCCGGGCGAAGGACGGGUCCCUGGAGCGGCUCAGCUCCUCGGAGUUCGUGUGCCUGUCGCAGGCGGUGGAGCGCUUCGUGCGCGACACGGAGGAGCUGUGCCGCCGUCGCAGCGUGUCCCUGCGGGGGGCGCUGCAGAGCCAGGCCAACCGCUUCGUUCACCGCUUCCACGAGGAGCGCAAGACCAAGCUCAGCCUGCUGCUGGACAACGAGCGCUGGAAGCAGGCGGAGGUUCCGGCCGAAUUCCAGGACCUCGUCAACUCCAUCGCUGACGGCAGGAUCAGCCUCCCUGACAAGAAGGCCACGGGUACAGAAGACCGCAAGCCAAAUGACUACUUGAGUGUCGAUGGGCAGAAAUACGCUGUUGUUGGGACGGUGCUGCUGCUGAUCCGGAUCUUCCUGGAAUACUGCCAGUGUGUCAACGAUAUCCCCUCAAUCGCCACCGACAUGCUCACCCGGCUCUCCGACUUACUCAAGCACUUCAACUCGCGGAGCUGCCAGCUGGUCCUGGGGGCGGGGGCGCUGCAGGUGGUCGGGCUCAAGACUAUCACUACCAAAAAUCUAGCGCUGGCCUCCCGCUGUCUGCAGCUGGUCGUACACUACAUUCCCAUCAUCAGGGCUCAUUUCGAGACCAAGCUGCAGCCCAAGCAGUACAGCGUCCUCAGGCACUUCGACCACAUCACCAAGGACUACAACGAUCACAUAGCUGAGAUCUCGGCUAAACUUGUGGCAAUCAUGGACAGCCUGUUUGAGAAAGUGUUGUCCAAGUAUGAAGUAAAGGCCCCGAUGCCGUCUGCCUGUUUUCGGAACAUCUGCAAACAGAUGGCCAAAAUGCACGAAGCUAUUUAUGACCUGCUCCCCGAAGAGCAGACGCAGAUGUUGUUCUUAAGGAUCAACGCCAGCUUUAAGCUCUACCUGAAGAGGCAGCUAGCUCGACUCAGCGUGGUUAAUGAUGGAGGCCCUCAACAUGGGCUGGUCAUGGUGGAUGUAGCAUUUUAUACGGGGAACGUGCAGGCACUCAAGUCUCUGGAAACUCUGGACCUGAACAUGGCAGAGAUCUGGGAGCUGAAGAGGUGAUGAAGCAGGUCGUGACUGCGACCCGCUGGAGGAAACCCGCAGACGGACCCGGACCUCCCCCGUCGCCCCGCCCGCUGGGACGACGCGCGCCUGUCACCUCUAUCACCUCCUGUGCCCUGUGACUUGCCCCCCCCCCACCCCACCCCCCCCUCCCAGCUGGGUGAACCACCGCCCAGGGGCUGACAAAAGGAGAGACUGUGUGGGUGUUGGGGGGGGGACCCCAACUCUCCAGAAAAACUUGAGGCUGCUGCUCGCGUGGAACCAAUCAUGGACAUGGACACACACACACGCGCGCGCGCGGCUGGGUUCUGCGGAGCGGCCCCCGGGGGUCCAACGGAACCGGUGCACGGCUGUGCGUCUUUUUAAACUGCUGUGACUUUAUCUCAAUGUGCAAUUCAAUUAAAGACUUUGAGAAAGAAUGAUCAUCAAAAGUAAAAACUCGGGAGUAAAUUAUGGGUCAGUUUCAGAGAGAGCUUUAGAUGGUUACAGACUUUACACUUAUUCAGUAAAUUAUUAUUAUUUUUGUAAACAAAUGUUUGUAAAAACAUUUGUCUGUUUUACUUUGAGGUCUUUGUUGCGUUGACAAAGCAGGAAACGACUACACUUUGGGCGGAUAACAGAAUAUGUGUAUAAAACUGGAUGUACAGACAGAAAAGGUUUAAAACUCUUACGAUAUAUUUGUAUGAAUCCUGGGGUUUAUUUGAAAUUUUCGUGAUUUUGGUCUUGCAUCUUCUGGUUUGGCAGAAGGGAUUUGUUUUUGCAGCAUCUGCUUCAUUAGUUUACAAUUUCAAUUCCAUUCUCAACUGUACCCUCUUGCCUUCAAUAAUCCACAUUUUACCUGUAUUACACAAUGCAACGGAAGGGGAAAAAUGGGAAAUCGUAUAUAAACUGAUCACAUCAAGCAUCAUUUGCACUCAGCGCUUCUGAUCAAAUGAACUUAAUCCGAGACAUAACCGCGUUACUCGGACGGCCCUGAUUGAUGUCAUACACGUCCGAUGGCCUCUGUCGAGGUCGCUCCUGAAUCACUAUGACGCUCGGAGCUCAAAAAUUAGUCUGCACUAAUUGUUUCAUUUCUUAAAUGGCAAACAUGCACAUGCAGAAAGAUGCAGUGUUGUUUAUAUGUGGUUGGUGCAAAACAAAAAAAAAAAAAAAUGACCAAAUGUUGCCCGCCCCCAGAAGGCUCCUUCCCUUGGGGCAUCCGUAGCAGCUUCCAAAAACGUGGCCUACUUUUCAAGGCUCUCCAGCGGGGAAGCGUAAAGGUCCAGGUCGCAGAUAGGCCCGAGUCGCGGCAGCGGGGCUGACUCAGACGGGCUGUCGGGGGGAGGGUGUGCUGGAAGAGAGCGCGCCUGACAGUACUCGCCACAGAGUCGCAGGGGGCUGCGUUAAAGAAAAAUGCAAGCAGAACACUGUUCGGCAGCUUUGCUGCCAAAGAGGGCCAGGCCGGACCACAGCCACCCUGCUGAGUUUCAGAACGUAAAGGGGAAAUAUGAAUGCGGUGUGUUAGUUUUAAUGAUGGGCUCAUCUUGGAAAAUCCAUGUUAAAAUGUGUUUGACCAAAAUAAUAAUAAUAUAAAACCCACUAGAUUUCUCCAGUAGAGGCCCAAAUGUUUUUGUUUGAGGUUACUCCUGGUCAUGUAGUGUGUAUGCAUGUGUGUAUUCUUACAUCUUAUGUGGGAGAUCUGAUUUCUUUCCACCCUGGUCCCUCCCAAAAACAAACAAAAAAAAAAAGCCUACAGUGUACCCAUUUUUAAAAAUGCUGUCUGAACACUGAACUCAUUUUCUCACCACGUACAUGAGUAUUCCUUUUGUAUUAACAAGCACCAUUGAGUAACAGUGCUGUUCAGCUCAUUGCUAAUUCAAAAGUGCCUACUUUUGAUAAAUUAUCAAAGACCACAUUGACUUCUUCCAACUGUGUAUUUUCUGUGUGGAGUGCCUAACGGACCGGGCCCUUGGUGCUGCUCUGGCGGAUAUGGGAGAAGAAAGGAGAAAGUAAAAUCUGACAGCAUGCCUGGGAGUUUUAAAUGUACUGACACCCAAAUGACUUUCUCAAUAAAACAG